AAUUUUUUUUAACUUUUAUAUUUUCAUAUUUUGAAGAUUUUUUUAAUAAUUUUUUGAAAUUUAGAUUUAUCGAAGAAUAUUUCAAUUUAAACUAUUGAAAAAAAAGAAAAAGUAAAUCUGCAAUAUGAAGAGAGAGACGGUAAAAGAGCAGAGAGAAGAUGAAUGGAAGAAAAGAAAGUAGAUGAGGAUUCUUUAGAUGUGGACGGAAAGAUGACAUUUGAUGAGGUCAUCGUCAGCAGAAGGGCUGAUUUGCGGGUUUUGUCAAGUGGAGGGGCUGAUUUGCUCUACUUUUAGGUAGAGGGGCUGAUGUGCCACAACAAUGGACGUAGAGGGGCUGAAUUGCACCUUCUGCCUAAAUAGUAUCCUAACUAAUAAAAAUCAUGACAACAA